AACUCUGGCCUAACUAAUUACUAAAUUUGAGAAGGUCAAAGUAAAACAUCUACUUUAUAUAGUAUAUACAAAUCAGCAUGUCAUGUUCAAAAGAGUUCCACUCCAUAUUGUUUCGAUCGCUUAUAUAUACAGCACAUGAAAUUGAAGAGGUUUACAAAUGGCGUUAAUAAUAAUGUUGUCAAGGAGACAAGUGGUUUGCAUUCUUAUCAUUUGUUGUAGUGUGUUUCAUAAUACGUACGGGAGGAGUGAUCCAAGUUUCCGUGUUAAAGCCGUCAACCUUGGUGGUUGGCUCCUUACUGAAGGCUGGAUUAAGCCUUCUUUGUUCGAUGGUAUUGUCAACAGAGAUUUCAUGGAUGGAGCUGGUCUUCAAUUUAAAUCCGUGACAGUUGGGAAAUAUUUAAGUGCUGAACUUGGUGGUGGAAAUAUUAUUGUAGCAAACAGAACGAGUGCUUCUGGCUGGGAAACUUUUGCGGUUUGGAGGAUAAAUGAGACUAGUUAUCAGCUGAGAGUGUUCAACAAGCAGUUCGUGGGAGUGGACACAGAUGCAAACAAUGUUGUAUCGGCGACUACAGUUGUACCUGGUGAUUCCCAGACUUUCCAAAUUGUGAGAAAUUCAGAUGAUGCAAAUCGUGUCAAGAUCAAGGCUCCUAAUGGCUUCUUUUUGCAGGUAAGAAGAGAGGAGAUUGUGACAGCGGAUUAUGAUGGAGAGAGCGGAUGGGGAGAUAGUAAUCCUUCGGUUUUUGUGGUCAAUUCUAUAAGAGGAGGACAAGGUGAAUUUCAAGUCACUAAUGGUUAUGGUCCUAGAGCUGCUCAAGUCAUGAAAGAGCACUGGACCACUUUCAUAACAGAAGAAGACUUCAAAUUCAUAUCAGAAAAUGGAUUGAAUGCCGUAAGAAUUCCUGUGGGGUGGUGGAUCGCCAGUGAUCCAACACCGCCUAAGCCAUACAUUGGUGGAUCCUUAGCAGCAUUAGACAAUGCUUUCAUGUGGGCAAAAAAAUAUAGAUUGUUGGUUAUAGUUGAUCUACAUGCUGCACCAGGCUCACAAAAUGGCAAUGAACACAGCGCCUCACGUGAUGGUUCUCUGGAAUGGGGAAAAACCGAGUCCACUAUUCAACAGACUCUGGAUGUUAUCGAUUUUUUAUCUGCUAGGUAUGCAAAAGAUCCAAGCUUUUAUGCAAUUGAACUGCUGAAUGAGCCUACAGCACCAGGGGUGUCCCUAGAUACUGUGACCAAGUAUUACCGUGAUGGUCAUCAAGUGGUUCGCAAGCACUCGUCGACCACUUUUGUGAUCAUGUGUAACAGAUUGUCGGCAGAUAAUACUGAGCUCCUGUCUUUAGGCAGCAGUCUAGACAGAGUGGUCAUUGACGUGCAUUACUACAACCUCUAUGCUGAUUAUUUUGAUAGAAUGACAGUGCAACAACAUAUUGAUUAUGUUAACAACAACAGAUCGGCUGAAUUGAGCACGGUCACCACAUCAAAUGGACCUCUUACUUUAGUUGGGGAAUGGGUGAAUGAAUGGGGAGUGAGCGGAGCAACGAAAGAGGAUUACCAAAGGUUUGGCAGUGCACAACUAGCUUUAUACGGGCGUGCAACAUUUGGGUGGGCUUACUGGACUUACAAAAAUGUGAAUCAACAUUGGAGUUUGGAGUGGAUGAUCAAGAAUGGUUACAUAAAGAUAUAGUUGGACUAAAUUUUGUACAUUCAUCUCCAAUUGGAGACCAUAUAAACCUGUUUAUUGCUCGAGGCGUUCUCCUUGAUAUUUCAAUCGAUAUUGCUGGACAAAAGCUCAUCUCUUUUGACGAGUAAA